UGAUUAUUUUGUAGUUUGUCGAUUCGAUUCUGUUAGAAAAAAAAUCAAUCGGUCAACUAUUAUUUUUUAGUUUGGAUCCAUUUUUGGAACGAGAGAGAAAGAAAACAUCUAGAGAGAGAAACAGGUGAGAAAUCAGAUCCCUCGUCGAUCCCCAACCCCUUGAACGAUGCAAGGCUACACCAGCGUGAGUUCCGGCGGCGCCGCCAGGAUGAAAGGAGGAGAUAUUGACCUGGAAUCCGGGGAGAUGCUCUAUCCGGGGAUCGGGCUCGCCGAGAAUCAGCUGCGAUGGGGCUUCAUACGCAAGGUCUACGGUAUCUUGACGGCACAGAUCCUCAUGACCACCGCCAUUUCCGCCGCCACUGUGCUAUACGCUCCGAUCAACGACCUCCUACGCGGAAAUUCAGGCCUGCUGUUGUUCCUCAUCUUCACCCCCUUCAUAUUGUUGUGGCCCUUGCAUGUUUACCAACAGAAGCACCCAUUGAACUUCGUUUUCCUUGGGCUCUUUACUGCAUCUUUGAGUCUGACGGUUGGUGUGAGCUGUGCCAACACUGAAGGAAGAAUUGUGCUUGAAGCCUUGAUCUUGACAUCAGCCGUAGUUUCAGCUCUGACUGCUUAUACUUUCUGGGCUGCCAAGAAGGGCAAGGACUUCAGCUUCAUGGGACCACUCUUGUUUACUAGCCUUUUCGUCUUGGUCUUGACUGGCUUUAUCCAGGUGUUCUUUCCGUUUGGGUCUACCUCAGUUGCCAUCUACAGUGCAAUUGGUGCCAUAAUAUUCUCGGGAUACAUAGUUUACGACACAGACAAUCUGAUUAAGCGCUUCACAUACGAUCAGUACAUAUGGGCCUCUGUCACUCUUUACCUGGACGUGCUUAACCUGUUUCUUACAAUUCUCAGGAUGCUUAAACAGGACAACUGAGAAAGGCUUUCGUUUCUUUACUUGCUUAAAACCGUGUUUUUGCGUUUAAGUAAUCAUAGGAUGUUGUUAUUUUGCCCGUCUCCUUUAGUACAUAUGGAGGCUAUUAUUGUGUGUCAGUCCCCUCCACUUGUGAAUAUGUGGUGGUUACCUACUGUGAGUCGUAUUUGAUCUCAACUAUUGUUUAUCGUGAUCUUGUGCAAGUCGAAAACCUUAUAAAUAAGGGAUUCAUGAUUUGGUGCUACAAAUUCGGAUGAAUUUAAGCUGACUGCAGUGUUAUUCAAGAUUUUGUGAAAUGUCCUUCACAUGUAUGACUAUGUGCUAAACAGUUUUAGUAUUAAAUUUUUGGGUAUAUUUGGAAAAAA